CGCGUCACGUGGAAGCUCAGCCUGGGCGGGCUAUUUCUCAGUACGGCGGCGGCGGCUCUGGGGAUCGGGGCCUUUUGUUCGGAGCGGCUGCGGGGGGCCCCGGAGCGGCGAGGCCGGCGGCCUUCCCCAGCUCGCUGGGUCCUGGCCGCCCCUCGCUGGGGUGGAGGGGCCGCCCCCUGGGCCGGGCCUCGCCUCAGGCGCCGCCGCCCCGCCCUAGGCCCGCCCCGCCCGGCCUGAGGGGAGGAACUGGCUGGGCCUCCCCGCGCGGCCCAGCCACCUCCGGAGUCACCGCCGCUACCCUCCGUGCGCCGAACUGGAAACUGCCCCUCGCCCCUCAGGCCGACGCCAUGAAGAUCAAGGAUGCCAAGAAGCCCUGCUUCCUGUUGGUGUCCUUGAAAUCCAGGGGUUCCCGGGACUUAUCACUGUUGUUACAAUUAGAGCUUUAGACACGCACAUGUAACCUGCUAUUGGCUUUCCCAUGGUUUGGCAUGGACAUUGGGGGAACUCUAGUGAAGCUGUCAUAUUUUGAACCAAUUGAUAUCACAGCAGAGGAAGAACAAGAGGAAGUUGAGAGCUUAAAAAGUAUCCGGAAAUAUUUGACUUCUAAUGUAGCAUAUGGAUCCACUGGUAUUCGGGAUGUACACCUUGAACUGAAGGAUUUAACACUCUUUGGCCGAAGAGGGAACUUGCACUUUAUCAGAUUUCCAACCCAGGACCUGCCUACUUUUAUCCAAAUGGGGAGAGAUAAAAACUUCUCCACAUUACACACGGUGCUAUGUGCUACAGGAGGUGGUGCUUACAAGUUUGAAAAAGAUUUUCGCACAAUUGGAAACCUCCACCUGCACAAACUGGACGAACUUGACUGCCUUGUAAAGGGCUUGCUGUAUAUAGAUUCUGUCAGUUUCAAUGGACAAGCAGAGUGCUAUUAUUUUGCUAAUGCUUCAGAACCUGAGCGAUGCCAAAAGAUGCCUUUUAACCUGGAUGAUCCUUAUCCGCUGCUGGUAGUGAACAUUGGUUCGGGAGUCAGUAUUUUAGCAGUCCAUUCAAAAGACAACUAUAAACGAGUAACUGGGACAAGCCUUGGAGGUGGUACCUUUCUGGGUUUAUGCAGUUUAUUGACGGGCUGUGAAAGUUUUGAAGAGGCUCUUGAAAUGGCAUCCAAAGGUGACAGCACCCAUGCUGACAAGCUGGUCCGUGAUAUUUAUGGAGGAGAUUAUGAAAGAUUCGGUCUGCCAGGUUGGGCUGUAGCAUCUAGUUUUGGGAAUAUGAUUUAUAAGGAGAAGCGAGAAUCUGUUAGUAAAGAAGAUCUAGCAAGAGCUACUUUAGUUACUAUCACCAAUAACAUCGGUUCUGUGGCACGAAUGUGUGCUGUUAAUGAGAAAAUAAACAGAGUUGUCUUUGUUGGGAACUUUUUACGUGUCAAUAUUCUCUCAAUGAAACUUUUGGCAUAUGCACUGGACUACUGGUCAAAAGGUCAGCUGAAAGCAUUGUUUCUAGAGCACGAGGGAUACUUUGGAGCAGUUGGUGCACUUCUUGGGCUGCCAAAUUUUAGCUAAAACAUCAGGUUUCUCUCUGCUAAUAAAUGUCAUCCAAGAGGAACUGACAACCAGAGGCAUUAUUACUGGAUUAUUUGUCACUGGGAACCAAAGGAUAAAAGAGUAGCUCCAUUCCUGUUGAUAUUUAAAUGUCAAAAUGGUAAGCUGCUAAAUGUUGCCAUAUUAAAAGAGAACUGGUAACGUGAAGUAUUUCUAAUUGAAAUGCUUUCUCUUCUGUAUAUAAGCAGUGUUAAUUUCUUAAAUGCAAUAUAACCUCUGAUUAUUGAGCUUCCUCUCAAAAGAUUUUCUAUUUAUUUUAUGUAGCCAACAUUGCAAUACUGUAUGCUCAAAUACAAAUCUUAAAGUCUCAGAAAUGUUUAACUCAUGAAGAUAAUUGAAUCUCAGUAUUUGUUAUAAGUCUGUUGUAUGUGUGUUUUGGUUACUAGUAAGCAGACAGUAGCAUACCCUGUUUCAAAACUAUUGAAAUAGCAAUCAAAGAUGAUCAUUUUUAUGUGAUUUUAGAGAUGUUAAGACAACAUUAUUAUUAGUUUUCCUAACAUACUCCCCAAAAGCAUGUUUGUUGUGAUCUUUCCCUAAAAUUACUUUUUUCAAAUGCCAUAGUUUAAUUGAAAUACUAUGUUACAUAAUAACCUGAAUUUAAAAAUGAAUCUUCAAAAAUGCACAUAAUUGAUGAUACUGCACUUUAUGUUAAGAGUAAAUCAAUACAGUUCAAAAUGUUUAAUAUUUUUAAAUUGGAGGUUUAAUUACUUAUUUGAAAGUCUAUUCAAUGAGGUUCAGGACUAUUCCAACAGAAUAUGGUUUGCAUGCAUUGGUAGAGUUCUGUACUCUUUCUAUACCACAUUUACCUUAGGCUCAAACCAGUCAUUUGUGUUUAAUUAGGUCUGUCUGAACUAUUAAAGCUAAAGACUUAAUUCUGUUAUGAAUAGCAACAAAAUCUAUUAUUAUUAACAUAUGUUAUGGAAAUCUAAGAGUUGUUCCGAAAUUCUGGGAGUCUGAGACAGUACUGCAGAAUUAUAAAAGGAUCAGUGUUCUGUAUGUUCUGGUAGUAACAGCAUUACAGUUCCAAAAUUUGUAAAACCUUUUGCCUUGGAGUUUGUUCUCUAAUUAAAGUCAUUUUUUAUAAUGUAAAUGUUUUCAGAUUUUUACUUAGGCAGUAACAUUUUCAAGGUCCAGUAGUUCAGCAGAGUUGUUUGAGACUUACUUAUGGUUUAGGAAGUAGAAAAACUUGGGGGAAAAAUAUCUCCUCGAAGUACUAUUAAAUCUGGAUGUACUUUGAAGAGCUUAAAAAUUGUUUACAGGAAGAAGGGAGUAUAUUACAACAUGUUCUUACAGAACACAAUUCUCCAUAAAGAAAGAUUUUCAAUAGACUAUCAAGAAGUGCUUGAUAAAGACAUUUCUCCUUGUGGUUUUCAGAUUUUGUGCUCAGAUACUUAAAAUUCAGUUUUCUCUAUCUAAAAACAUGAAUGUAUGAAUAGCAAGAGUAAAUAAUUAGUGGGAAAAACAUGUGAAGAUAAACUUUUAGAAUUUGGACCUUUGAAUUCCUGUCAGUAGUCACUGUGAAAGCCUCCAGUGACUAAACGCUUCUUACUGUAAUGUCUCCAUUGUAGUGACUAGUAAGUAGUGUAGCCAAAAGCCAUCUGUUCAGUUUACUUUACAAUUUUAUGACUUGGAUGUCUGUACAAAAUGUUUCUGUUUUUAAAUGGUAACUUCAAGUUGUAUCCCUGUGGCAAACUAUGUUAGCAGCUACAUAUAGUUAGCUUAAAGACAGAUUUGGGGCUGUCUUUAAGAAAUAAAUGGAAUGGUCAAAAUGUAUAUAGGUUCAUUUGAUGAAUAGUUUGGUUAAUCUGGGACUAUAAUUCAUACUUUUUGUCCUUUGAAACUAAAGUUACCUGCUAAAAUACAUACACAGUGAACAAUGAUCUCACACUGUUGCUCUUUGCUUUUCUCAUGGAUAAUCUAGAAUUGCUGGAGUAAUAAAUAAGAACACAGAAUUGCAGUGAAGUCUACCAAGAUUCUGAUUUUUUUAUUAGCAUCUCAAGAAAUUUCUUGGAAGCAUUCAGUGGUAAAGUGGUUUGGCUCUAAUCCCAGUCAGCAUAAUGCCUCAACGCUCUGUGUUCUUUAUAGUGCUAAUAGAAAUAAAAUGUGAGCCACAUGUAAUUUUACAUUUUCUGGUAGGCACAUUUAAAAAGUAAAAAAAAAAAUAGGUGAAAUUCAUUUCAAUUACGUAUUUCUAAUUAACCCAUAUAUCUAACUUGUUACAUCAAUAUAAAAAGUCACUUAGGAAAUAUUUUUCCUUUUUGGGGGGGAUACUUACUCUUUAAAAUGAGUGCCUAUUUUACACUUACAGCACAUCUCAAUUUAGGCUAAAUUCCAUUUCAAGUUCUCAUUAGGUACAUAUGGGUAGUGGUAGACUGCAGUUCUAGAACUAGCUGCUAAAAAUUAACGCUAUCAUUAUCUUUUAAACUUUAUAAAGAAAGGCUUUUUUAAAAAGAAUGUUUGAGAGGGGAAUGAAUAUAUGGGGGCCUUAUUUUUUUAAAUAUAGAGAUAAUGAAGUGGCUCUUCAGGGUUAGUUUAUUUUACACAGACAAGUGGUAUUUCUGACCAUUCCAAAAAUUCAUUGCAUUCUUCCAUCUCAUCAUAGUGUGCAUCAUUUUUCCUGUGAUACUCAUCAGGUUGCCCAAGACACAUCCUUGCAUCCUCAGCAGUCUCCAAAAUUCAUACUCUUCCUCUGCAACAAAUCCGAUGAUUCCAGGGACUUAAAUCAGUCUCCCUCACCUUACCUAACUGAACUUCGAGAAGUCAAUUUUAAAGAAUUAAAAAAGAGACCCUGUUAAUUCUUCAUAGAGUUCUGUGCCCACGGGAGAAUCUUUAUAACUUUUGGAUUUAAUUUUCAUUCUUAAAAACUCAACACUUUCCAAUGAAAGGAGCACUAUUGAUUUGUUUUGGGAUUUGGUAAAGAAGAGUACGUCCCAAACUCCUACCCCCAACCCCCUAAAAAACAGCCUUUUAACUAGAGACUUUUAGAACUAAUGGCCUUCAGUUCUACACCAGGACUUCUCCAGAGACAAAGUACAAAGUAUUACACUUGUUUGCCUACUGACAUGGGCAUUCCUUUCUCAGCUACUCCAGUUUAAAUAGGUGAGUUCUUAAUUUAGGUUAAGUCAGUGCCAUUACCAAUAAUAUACAUGGUCACUAACAGGCUUUCAAGAGGUUCAAAUUGUUUGCCAAAUAUACUCUAUAAUUAUUCCUAAAUUUUUUACCUUUGCAUGCAAAUGUCAUUGCUGUAUUGUCAGUACCAGUUUCUGAAAGUUCAUUUCUGAAAGAAAAAUGAUGCAGCUGAAAGGGAAAAGGUUUUCCUCUACAGCCGACAGUACUCUUGCCUUGUAAGAGCAGUCCAUCCCAUCUUGCCUUGAUUUCUAAGGUUGCAUUUUUGGGUAGAAAGCUUAGCAAGGUAAGAAUUUUGAAAUAUCUUUUAUAACUACUCUGCUUAUUAUAUGCAAAAUUUUUCAUAUUUUACUUAGUGUAUCUUCUUUUUCUCUUGAGCACUUUAUGCUUUUAGUCUGUUGCAUUUGAGAGUGUAGUUUAGAAAUUCUCCUUUAAAGCCAUGUAAAAACUGAUAAAGGGUAAUCGCCAGAAAAAUGAGUAUACAAUUUUUGCCUUUAUCUUACUGUUUUGUAGUAUGUAUAAACAAAAUAUCAGAAAUAUAUUGCCUUUUUGUAAUAAUACUCUGACCUUAUUUAAGAUGAUUUGCCAUGAAAUCUCAACAAUGUCCUAUUUUCCCAAUAAGUUUUCUUAUUUUAGUGUUUUAGUUUAAUACUGAAGGGAUUCAGCCAACUUUGUUUCAACAGACUACUAAAAAUAAUUGUGGCAUGAAAGUAAGUCAUCCCAGCUCUUUUGGCCAUAUCUAAAUUCUGAGUAAUUUCCACUUCCAAAGAGUUCAAAUGUCUUUUUUUUUCUUUCUUGAAUGUCUCUUAAAGCAGUCUUUAUUGUUUGCAUUAUCAGUCUGGUUUAUAAGUAGACCAUGGGAUCAUAAUUUGAUACUGUAUUUGAAGUACUGCCACUGGCCUAACCUUCUUUGAAUGUUAUUUUCUUUAUUUGUAAAUGAAGGAAUUGAUUUGUUAGAACAGAAAAUGACUCAGUUAUCAUUCAGGAUCCUGAGAAAGAAAGUUAGUUGCUCCAUGGCAGCAUUUGGAAAGACUAAAUUUAAAACAGUUUGUUCAGAUAUUUGGUGUCAUGUUUUAGAGUUAAUUUUUAUUUGUGUGAGUUGGUAGGUGCUACAUCUUGAAUUUCCACCAAACCAGUAGAAUGGUAUUUGGUUAUUCUAUCACAACGCUACGUUACUGCCUGCAGUGGCCACAUGGAUAACCUUAAAGUAAUACGAAGGGCUUUGUAUAAAAGUGUGUUCGUGUGUACAUUAAUCUGUAAAGGUAUCUGCAAUUUUUAUUAUGUUGAUUUUUAAAUUACGUGGGCAUUAUCAGAACUUUUCCACUGCACAGAAAGAAACAUUCCCACUAAGUUUAUCAAUGUUUGAAUAUUAGAUGGGAUUUUUUUAAUGGCCCUUUUCUUUAAGCUGUUUUUUCUGAUCAUUGUGAAUAGGAAUAGAUGUGCGAUAAACCCCUCCUGAAAUUAUUUAUUGCUAUUGUCUAAUGCAAUUCAUAGCAAAAUUUAUAGAGCACAAUGUUAAUUACCUGCAAGUGAGUUGAAAUAUCAUGGACUAUAGUCUAUAGUCAUCUACAUCAAAUAUGAUGAAGGCCUAAAAUACUUUUAUCCUUAGAAUGGUGUGAUAAUCAGAUUGGACAUGUAUCUGACAUUCGUAGCUUACUAUUUGAAAUAAAUGUAGCAGUGUACUGAUACCGGUACUUCAGGUACUAAAGUUAGUGCUGAAUGAUAUGUUUGAGGGGAAAUUGAUUUUUUUUUUCCAUAAAAAAAUCUAAAACCUUUAUUUACAUUCUGACUCUUUUGUAAUCAAGGGGUAAUUUUUCCCUCAGAUUUUCAGUCUGUUUGCUGCAGCUGCCACUAAUUUUAUGUUUAGAAAAACUAAUGAUGAUUGUAUUUUUCAAAGGAGUGAUGUGAAGUUAAAAUUCAAGAUUAUAAGUGUGCAACUCAAUUUUAGUUCUAAAAUGUUGCCUUUUUUUUAGUGUUAACAUCUUUCAUACCUUGCUGUGCUUACAGUUUCAGUAACUUGCAAAGAAAACAUUUCAUCUUUUAUAAAGUAUUCAUGAGUAAUGUAAAUACUUUGAGAUUAUUUUAGAUAUCUGAGUAUCUUUGAGUCAUGGAUAUCAUACCUGGUACAGUAGUUGUCACAGAUACUAAGCCGUCUUCAAAUUUGCCACUUUUUUCUGAGGUGCCCCUUUUAGUUUACAACACUUAGAAACAAAAGAUAAUUUUAUAGACCUAACAUCAAUAUGUUAGUCUCCUUGUCCCAGAUAUAAUGAAUGAAUUAGGACAUAAGUCAUGUUAAGAUGGUUUUAACAUUUUCUUAAUAUAUUGUGUGCAUUUUUUGAAAUUUGGCUUUUCAACUGAAGUCGAAAGCAUUUGUCUUAAGUCUGCCCUGUUAUUGACCAAAUCACACCUAGAAGAAGGUUGUACAAGUUAAUUGUACUUACAUAAGCCAUUUCAGUUUAAGUUGCCUUAUUGUAUGUGAUGCAUCGUUCUGUCAAGUAUAAGCAUUGUACAUGUUGGAAUUCUAACACUGAAUCUGUGAUAUAAAAAUGUAUGGUGUGCUACAAAUUUUAUUCAUAAUCUUAAGUUAUAGCCUAUUGUAACCUAUCAAACAUUUCUUGUAAAUUGUUUAAUUUAUUUUUUCAUUUACGUACAGUUUAUGUAAAUUUUAAAAAUACUUGUUGUGGCCUGUUCUGUAAACAUUCCCAUCCUCUUUUCCUUAAUGCUUAUUCGCAUGAGAGACUCUUGGGUUUUGCUUGUUUGUAUUGUAUGGCCAUUAGGCCAAUUUAAGUACUGUCUUAAGCCUUCUUUUCUGUACUUUAACUUUUUCUAGUUUUGUUCAUAUUCUAGAAUCUUAAAACCAUGCCUUUUAUUUCCUACUUUACAAAUAAAUUCUCUAAGUUGUUUACUA